CGCACUUUGAUUAUUUACUGUAAAGUAACCCAAAUCACACUUCCGGUAUAGUUUGCAGGGAUUCGCGGGAAUGGACUCCGACAAUGACGAUCUUGAUGAUGACAUCGAAAGAUUGAAAAUAAUUUUACAAGAUGGAGAAUCGGACGAAGGGGAGGCAAGCGAUGGCGAACUCCGAAAUCUAGAGGAUGAAGAAUCCUAUGCAGAUGUUGAUCAUUCUCGACCGACCACCAGCAGUGAUGUUACUGCAUCAUCAUUUCCCACCACGUCGAUGGGUACCGAAGGGGAUGAGUCAAUACUGCGAUUUGAUCCGAGCACAAUCUCUCCAGAAACAUGUCUGGAAAUGAAUCAAACCUACCAGGAGUUCCUUCUGAAUACGCUACGGCAGAUUGAGAUUGCCCUGUCGGAAAACAGAGCUAAACAGAAAGCCUUAAAUAAUGAGUUGGAAAACAAGGGCAAAUCAAUGGACAAAUGCAUCAUGCCUAAGGCCAAAAGGAUAGUGUUUUAUAAGCCAUAUUUCAAGGACAGCGAAGGUCAUAUUCCCCCGCCGAAUGAGGAUGUUAUCACUAAACAAAAAAUGAAUGAAUCCAAACAAUAUGUGAGACCAAAAACGGGUUGGACGAGACAUCAGCGACAGAUGCUGUUGAAGGCUGUCCAGAGUGACGGGUAUCAACAACUUCUAAGACCUGUUCUCAACAAACUAAACCUGGAGAUUGAGAGAGCCAAUGAGUGUUCUACAGAGCAGGAGAUAGCUGAGAGCCAGGCAAAUGUGGAACGUCUCUCCAACGAAAUAGAGCAAAUAAAAAAAAUGCCUGUAGAUGAGCUUCUGCAAAAGAUAGACUACAGCAAGAUUGAUUACUUGAAGAUAUCUGUCAAUACGUUUCCAAAGUUUGACCCCCUGGAAUGCCAGUACAUGUGGAUGAACGCGCUGCAGCCGGGCAUCAACAAGACCCGCUGGACAGAGACAGAAGAGACGAGACUGGUGGAGCUGGUGGAGCAACACGGCAUGAGGAACUGGAGACUGAUAGCUGACCAGCUGGGGACUAAAAGAACGCCAUAUCAGUGCCUUCAACAUUACCAAGUUAACAACUUUGACUAUGAACAAGGAGACUGGACAGAGGCUGAGGAUGAACUCUUGAAGGAAGUUGUAGAAACCUGCAAGUAUGGCGUAGGAACAAUACCAUGGCAGCAAGUCGCAUACUACAUUGAUAGGAGAAGUGCCUAUAUGUGUCGACAGCGCUACGAAAAGAUUGAUUCCUCUUUCUCUCGAGGAAAGUGGUCUGAAGCAGAAGAUAUGAUGCUAUUAGCCUCAGUUCAGAUGUUGGGUGGUUUAGAAGACUGGCAGAUCAUUCAACAGUUUGUACCUGGACGAUCAGCCCAACAGUGCCGUGAAAGGUAUCACAACUGUUUGAAUUCCGCUAUCAAUUUUGACCCAUUCUCCUAUGCGGAAGACAGACAAAUUCUGAGAAAAUAUAACGAAAUUGGAGGUGAAUGGCUGACGAUCUCCGGGAUGCUCAAGGGCCGCACUGACACGAUGGUCCGCAGACGUUACGACAAGCUCAUGCAGUGGAAGAGCUUGCAUGAUACCCUCAUGGAACAACCUGUCUGUGUUAGAGACAGAAUCCUUCAUCCAGCAUUUACUGUUGAUGCUAACGGAAUGUAUUGGCUGAAAAAUCUUCGCGUCUCUGACCCUGGCAUGAAGUCUUCUAAUGCCGUGAAAGUAGAGCUGAAUGACAAUAUAGUAAACGAGGGUCACCAAGAACCUGACAAGCAGCAAGAAACUACGAAUUUGGACACCAAUGACACUGCACUUGAGGUUCAAAGGUCAGACAACGAUGUGGAGCCUACCCCCCAUAACGAGACGGGUGUGAAACAAGAAUUCCUGUUUGGCUUAAGGUUCACUGCAAAAGAGAUGUGGAACUGUAUUGGAUCUGAAGACCUCAAACAAGACCUGGAGGUAUUCUUGAAGAAAUCUGCUGUCCAACUGACUGAUUACUACCAACAGCAUGAAGACUUACAUAAAGGAGAUAUAGUGGUACCUCGACCACCCCCACUAAACAAGUACUCACUAGCACACUUCAAGCAUCAGAUAUACAAGAUGAACCACCUUCACAAGGCCGUGAAAAUUCAGAUUGAGAAAGACGUGAAGUUCCUACAGGACUAUGCUACGCAGAACCCAGAUACCUCAAGUUCUUUGCAGUUUCUGGCCUUAUUACAGCAAAAGGAUGCCGAAGAGGCAGACGUUUUAGAGACAGUGUGUAACUACCUCAGUGAAAAUUUUGGCGGGAAACUGCCUGGUAAGUUCACAGUGAAGAAGUUGAUUACAGCAGCAAGGCAGAACCAUGGGAAAAAGAAAAAGAAAAGGAAGAAGCCUGACUCUGAGGAAGAGGACGAAAAAGAAAUGACUGAUGAUGAAGAGAGUGAUGAGGAUUCUACAUUUUACUGGUCAGAUAACGAUGAAGGGGAUACAGUAAAAAAGGAUGAAGUGGGCAGCUCAAGCGAUGAGGAAUACUUCGCCAACCUGAGAGAACUGGCAGAGAAAAACAUCCAUGUACGGACUGUGAGAGGGCCCAGGAGUCAAAAGGUGAUUGCAUCGUUCAGGAAGGACAUGAAACUGCACUCUGAGCUCAACCGACUAAUCACCUCCAUCUUGAAGAUGCAACUGAAGCGACGCCAGUCAGGGCGUAGGAGAAGAUUCAACAUGUUUCCAGCCAGUUCAGCUCAGGUCAGUUCCUGUGCAAUUGUCAAGGAAAAGGACACCAUGGACAAGAAGACUGUAUUACUGCUGAUGAAGUCCUUAGACGUUGACGCAAAAGCAGUCUGUCUUAAGGCAUACCGUCGUCAGAAGCAUAUCGCAAUGUUGGCGAAGGAGACCGCCAGCGACACCUUGAAGCGCACACGUGCUCAGACGUGCAAAAUCCCACAGCAGCUUGGUUUCCUGAAGGCAGAGGCCCAGGAGGCAGAGGCCGUGCUUGAACUGAGGUCAGAUUUGAAGAUGACCUCCAUUGACCUUGAGGUAGGUCAAGGUGACACGAAUGACCUUGAACAUGAAGAGCUGAGGCCUGGCACUUCUAGGCAGGAACAUGACUCUGCAAGUGCUGUGGGCAUUGAACACAAGUUUGACGCGUACGACAAGCUGUUGCCAUACCAACCACCGAACCGAUACAACCUAAGAGGCAUGAAGAACCUCCUCUACCAACACAAGAUCCUGAUCGACAAUGCAGGCGAAUAUUUCAAUCCUGACGCGCUGAGGGACAAACUGUACGAGAUGAAAAAGCGAGGCCCCAACCCCAUGAUGAAUGUCCUCAUGUCUAUAGCCAAAGGGGCAGAGACAGUUAGACAUGUCACUGGAAUUAGACGCGAUGUGCCAGCAAGUGCGUUAAAGUUGUCGAUUCUUCAGCUACGACAGCUCAAACAAGAAACCAUGGAUGGGUUGAAAAAAACAGGGGACUUCUUGAAACUGAAGGCUCGAUUCUUGUCAGUGUUCCUCUGGCCAGCACUUGUGUCUACUGUGGUCCCUCCGAAAAACCGCCUUCUUCCGCAAAGCCUUCUGGAAAAACUGCAAUUGCAAAAGCAAGAAAAGGCUGACCCAACUCAAACUGCAAGCACAGACCAAAAACAAACGGCCACUGCAGCAAACUCAACAAAAAUCUCAACGGAAGAUAAGGGAACUCAGCUGACUGCAGAAGAUGGUGAAGUCAGCAGGAAUGCUGAUGAUGUCAGCACAAAUAUUGAUAAUGUCAUAAUCAACUCUGGGAGCACUAAGCUGGACAAAGAUAUGCCAGAAGAAGAGGCUAUUGAGAAACUGGUCAGCAAAAUAAGGGAUGAGUAUGCUGCAAACAAGAGAAAAAAGAAUAAUGCCCGGUUUGGCCAGUACAAGAAGAAGCCAUCAGAGAAGAUGGAGCAAGCAAAGGAAAAGAGGAUGCGCCUGCUUAUCCUCAGGAGACUCGGAUUGGAACAAAGGAUGAAGGAGCUUCAAAAGAAGAGAUUAGAAGAAGAGGGAAGCAAACAAAUUGCAGAUUGUGAUGCUGUGGAGACAACCUCCAAUAAGUCAACUGCACAGAAAAACAGAAUCACAAAGAAAAUUGGAAAAGAAAAUACCAGUGCAGAGAAUGUAAGAAAAAGAAAAAGUGAAGACAUUGAACCAAAGCGAAACCCUGAUGAUGAUAAUGUUAAUGAUUUAAAAAGUCCACUAAUCAUCAAAACUGAGCCUAUAGAUGGACCGGAAACAGUUGAACUUUCAACUGAAUUAGUGAAAGGGAAUACAGCAUGUGUCAAGUUUGAUACAGCAAGUACUUCUGAAAUGUUGAAAAAUGACACAACUGAGUUUGCACCUGAUGCUGCUGAUGAUCACACAGUUGAAAACAACAAUGAUGAAGAGGUGGUUGCAAGUCCAAAAAGAAAAAGGGGUCGCAAGCCAGGCUCAAAGCUUGUUUAUGACAAGGAACCCACUAGAAAAUCUAAGAGAGGGUCAUUUCCUAAAAUAGCAUACAGUCAAGAAACAAGGAGACCACCAACCAAUUUCUGUAAGAAACUACGGCGAUUACUUCCAGAUAAAAUGGGUCACCUGGUUGCUAAGAUACCAGAUAUACCCAUCCUAAGCGAACCAAUGCCCAAGCCAGCAAGCAAAAAAAUGUCUCCCACUAAAAGCGUUGAUUCUAAUUUUACACAACCAAGGAAGAAAAUUCAUUCAGAUGCAAAAAAAUUAUCCAAAGAAGCCAAGAUACUUGGACUUAAGCAUAUAAGUGAAUUUCGGCAGAAGCAGUUAAAAGAGAAGAAAGAGAGGAUCAAAAUGUUGGCAAAGCGGAGGGGCAUAAAAACAGCAUCAUUGAAGACGUUGAAACGUAAACAACUGAAAUCAAAAGGUUCAACAAAUAAAAAGAAAGAUGCCGGUGGGCUUUUAAAAUUAGCCAAAUCUGUAAAGUCUUCUGUUCUAAAGGCCCAAAUUUUGGACAAUGUUAACAAAAACAAAUCUGUUUCAAAGGAUUGUACCAGUGAACUUUCAAAUUGGAAAAAAAUCCAGAGUCUUGACCAGCCUACAGAUGCUAGCCAUCAGGUUUGUGAGGCAACAAAGGAGAAAAUGAAGGCAAAACUUGCUUCAAAAGCUCUAAAUGUCAGUGGAAACAACUUUCAACCAGCUGCAUCCAGUCCUGUGGUUUCUAAACCAGUCAAAUCCAGUUGUUUGGUAACAGUAUCGCAAACAAACAAAUCAAAAUCGAGCGUUGCAAAUAUCCUUAGUUUAGCAACGCCCCCAGAACAAAUUGUACUGAUACCAUCUGGGGUGAGUAAUCUAGACGGGAGUGUUCCUUUUGUGUCUUUACAGAGGUGUGACCUGGGUGUGAUUAAUGCAAGGAAAAGAAGCAAUGCAGAUGGGGAUAAGGCACAUGGUGAACCAGUUUCUAAGAGUAUAAAGGAUAAUGAUGACAAGAACGGAAGUUCCAUUAUUGCAUUAGUGGAGGGCCAUAAAUUAAUAGGCAAAGUCAAUUCGCCAGUGUUACAGCAAGCUCCUCUCAAAAAUCUCUCAAUUGCCACAGUGCCAAAAUCAGCAUUAUGUGUGACCUCAGCGAGCACAUUGCCGACUUCCACAAUGGCAAGGGUUACGACCAUCCUUCAAGCUGCGUCUCAACCAACAAAUCCAUUGCAUGUGAAUAAGCGAGUUCGAGAAAUACGCCCAGCACCUUCGAAAUCAUUGUCUGUGCAGACAGUUUCAACUCCAGCAAUUGGAGCCAGUUCAAGAAAAUCAUCCUCUAAGAAGAAAGCUUCCAUUUCAAUUAAUCGGUUAACGAGUCCCAGUGUUUCCAAAUCGCCAAAACCAUCGUGUGUGCAAACAAGUCCCAACUCACAUGCUGGUACCUUUAGUCCCUCUGCUAUAAGUAUGACAAAAGUAUCAUCCUUUCAAAUAAUGGAAAAUUCUGGUUUUGAUUCAGCAUCUUCAAAGCCAUCAUCUAUGCAAACUAGUCCCAACUCCUGUAUUGUGACCUUAAGUACGGUUGCUAUAAAUUCCCCAAAAUUAUCAUAUAUGCAGACAAUAUCUAGCUCAGCAUCCUCAAAAUCACCAUGUGUGCAAACAAUUCCCAACUCAAGCGUUGGAACCUUGAGUGUAACUGCUACAUCUUCUACAAAAGCAUCAUUGAAGAAGAAGCUUCUGAAAUCUUGUGUUGUUUCUUCAUGCUCAAACUCGUCUGAUUUACCAACGACAGGAGCAUCUGUACUACAAACUACCGCCCAAUCUUCAACUAGUUUGAAGACAGCUGUCCAUGCAAGUAUUGGGAAUACUGUCCAAGAUGAUUUGGCUUCCCCAAAGUCAUUAAAAAUGCCUACAUCAUGCUCAAAUGUUGGAUCUAUCAAUUCAGAAACAGUCGCCUCAACUGCAAACUCUAGCAAUAUUUCAAUUAUUAUAGCUGAAUCAUUGGUUCCAUCAAGCUUACAGACAACCGCAAACUCUAGCAAUAUUUCAACAGCUGAAUCAUUGGUGCCAUCAAGCAUACAGACAACUGCAUACUCUAGCAAUACUUCAACAGCUGAGUCAUUGGUGCCAUCAAGCUUACAGACAACUGCAAACUCAAGCAUGGUCUUAGCUUCCUCAAAUCCAUCAUGCGCGCAGUCUCUCCCAAUCUCAUCUGAUGGGGUCGCAAGAUCGGAUGGGAUUGCACAAUCAGAUGGGAUGGCAAGUUCAGCUGCUUCGACUUCAGGUCUUAACCUCCAGAAUCUCUUCAGUUCUAUGAUGGGAAGCCUUCAGCAAUUGAUGCGCGGUGCAAACUCGCCCUCUCAAGGGUACACCGGCUCCCCUGGUUCUCAGCAACCGUCCCUGGGCCCACUCAUUAUGCCUGUUCCCGUGACAGUGGCUGGUACCCAACAGAUAGCCUUCAUGCCUGUUUACCCCAAUAGUGAGGGGAAGUAUGUGCUGCCUGAUGGGACAGUGGUUGAAUCUGGGGCACAAGGGCAACCAGUAGCCAGUUUACCCCAAUAGUUAGGGGAAUUAUGUGCUUCCUGACGGGACAGUGGUGGAAUCUUGACUACAGGGAGCACCAGUUUUCAGUACAUUCAGCACGUGCUUAGUUACCCAGAAAUCUGCAAUAAUUGAGGCUGAAUCAACAGAUAUAUUAUUGGCAAUGGAUUGAAUUGUGGGCAUUGUAAACUCAUCUGGCAUUUCUUCUGAUUCAGCUGACAAAUACUACACUAUUUGGUUUUGAAUCUAAUGAUAAAGCAUCCACAAAUGGUUGUUUAACAAGUUAACUCAGGAAAACGUGGGUUUAGGUGCUUAUUCAAUCGAUAAAUCAUCCACACAUUUAUGAAUUGUUAAGCGAUGUAUGAGUAAAUAUGAGUUUAAUUGUGUUCAUGUUAAAUAAGGUUCUGAAUCAACAAAUAAAACAUUCUUAGAUGAUUGUAUUGAUCGAAUUAAUGGCUCAAGAAUAAUCUGAACUUUAUUAAACUAAGAAAUAUUAAGUAAAUGUAAACUGAAGUAUGAAGCAUUGAAGAAAAUGUUGAAAUUAAGUACAUAUUCAACAGAAUAAAUUACAAACAACUGAUUGACUUGUUGAACAAGUAACAAAUGAGUAUAAGAAAUCUUGUUGGAUCUUAAAUUGGUGUUGAUUCAACUGAUAAAGUAACCACACAAGAUUGAAUUGUGUGGCAACAUAUGUGCUUAUUAAGUCGAUGUAUAAUACUUUCGUUGGAUCAUUGUGUAACUUUUUUAAGGAAUUAUAUGAGCUGAGAAAACCUGGCUUAAUGCAUUUGGGUAAAGUGUCGUCUCAGACUAGUCCGUGGUUUCUUGUCAGGAACCUAUGGAAACAUUCCAUUAAAGCGGAAUGUGUUGUCCCUUAUUAGCAUGGGACCACACUUUACGCACAUGCAGUAAGCCCAGUUUCCCUGAUCGAGGCACCUGUUAAAUUUGUUUUCUGUACCAGUUUCGUGUUUCUAAAAAUUGCCUGUGCAAUAAACCAGUAGAUUUGCAGAUAGUAAGAAAAUUGCAAACAUGUUUUGAAAUAAUACUUUUUCUGUUUUUAAUUAACUUAAAAGCUUUCACUGUUACCGUUUUCUGAUGAAGAACUUUUUUUUUCAUUCAUGACCAGGCUUCUGUUUAGUUAUUGUCUAUUUUGGUUUUGUUUUGAUUAUAUGUGACACAAUUGCAUGAUGUUUGUGUAUUUCAUCAUAUAAUUUUCAUGUCUUUUGUUAGAUUGUUGUUCGUUUGCAUGCAUUAAACGUUUUGAUAGCAUA